UCUCUCUCCCCCAUCAACAGUUAUGUUUCCAGCACUGGUCAGCGUGGGACAGCCUGGGAACCAUGGGAGGAGGGGGACCGCUGGCAGAAGGGGGAGGCACUGCGCUGCCGGCUGUGUGAAAGUGAUCGGUAGCUAUGGAGCUUCAAUAUCACUUUUACUUUGAAGCCAGUCGUUGGCUAAACAAAACCAGAACAAACUGGUGGCUGCUUAAGUAGCCAUCAGCUUGUGAUUAAAUGUUCACUCUUUGGAUGUACAUAGCACUGAACUGGUUAGAGACAAAGUAUAACAGUAGCCCGGAGUGGGAAUAUAAGAAGAAAAAACACAUAAUGAAAGUACCAAGUAAACUAUAUAACAUAACAACUGUAAAAUCAUACAUUUAUACAAGUAUCUGUAUACCCUCUACAGCUUCCUCUGUCAUUGAUAUUACAAUCACAGUAUCAUCUCUUAUAAAUGAUGAUAUGUGCAAGCCAUUGUUUUUUAUAUUUACAUUCUCUUCUAUUGUCUUCCCUCCAAACAUUAAAAUGUUAAUGACCUUGUCAUCUGACUGGAGCAAAAACUUGAAUACAAAUAAAAAGACAAGUAGACCUUGUAAGGAAUUGGAAACAAACCUUCCAUUGUUCUGAAUAGAUCCUUUUAGCCAAUCCAAAGGUGUCUCAUGUUAGUGAAUGGGGGUGAAGAGAAUAUAAGGUGAAGCAGAACUCAGACAGGUAGAAAGAUUACUGGCAGAUAAGGAGAACAAGGAGCAGCUGACGGAUCCCAAUAUUACACCAUACCAGCCAAUCUAAAGUCAUCUCAUGUUAGUGAAUGGGGAUGGAAUGAAUAUAAGGUGAAGCAGAGCUCAGCCAACUAGAAGGUUUACAGUCGAAAACAACAAGGAGCAUCUGAAGGAUCCCAAUACUACAUCAUACCAGGCAGAUUAAAGAGAAGAAAUCGUGAAAGGGCUUUACACAAAAGUAUGAUGGAUGGAGCAGGUGAAAAGCCAUUUCCUUGCACUGAAUGUGACAAAUCCUUUACAGCAAAAACAUAUUUAAUUAAUCAUAAGAGGAUUCAUACAGGGGAAAAGCCAUUUAUGUGUUCAGAAUGUGACAAGAGCUUCUCACAAAAGGGUUAUCUUAUUCAGCAUCUGAGGAUUCACACAGGAGAGAAGCCAUAUCAUUGUUCUGAAUGUGACCAAAAAUUUUCACAACAAAAUACAUUGACUAAACACAAGAUGAUUCACACAGGAGUGAAGCCGUAUCAGUGUACUGAAUGUGAUAAAUAUUUUAGCAACAAAGCAAACCUCACAAGACAUCAGAUGAUUCACACAGGAGAGAAGCCUUUCAGAUGUUCAGAAUGUAACAAAUGCUUCUCACAAAUAUUCAGUCUCGAUAAACAUCAGAGGAUUCACACAGGAGAGAAGCCUUUCAGAUGUUCAGAAUGUAACAAAUGCUUCUCAGAAAUAUCCAGUCUCUAUAAACAUCAGAGGGUUCACACAGGAGAGAAGCCUUUCAGAUGUUCAGAAUGUAACAAAUGCUUCUCAGAAAUAUCCAGUCUCUAUAAACAUCAGAGGAUUCACACAGGAGAGAAGCCUUUCAGAUGUUCAGAAUGUAAUAAAUGUUUUACAAAUAAAUCAAAUCUGAUCGAUCACCAGAGGAUACACACAGGAGAGAAGCCAUUUAGAUGUUCAAAAUGUGCAAAGUGCUUCGCACAAAAGUCACAUGUGACUCACCACCUAAAAAUACAUACAUAGGGAAGUCAUUUAGAUGUUCAGAUAGUGCUUAACCACUUGCUUACUGGGCACAUA